AUGAAACGUAUUGAUAAUGAAAUAGAAAAUUCAUCAACAAAAAAUAAUUUAUCAGGAGCUAUUUAUAUUUUAUAUAUAGAAUUUCUUAGUGGUCUUAUACCAUUAUUAACAGCGAAAAGUGUAUCAAAAGUUUGUCUGGAUUUUAUUAUAUAUGAUCCACAAAUAAAAACAAAUGAUUUAUCAUCAUCAUUAUCAAAAAUAAAUUCGCCAAAAAUUAUAACAAAAAAAAAUUUUUUUAAUCAUUAA